AUGCGCCGACGAUCCGAUUCGUACCUCAACGCGACUCAGAUUCUCAAAGUCGCGGGAUUCGACAAACCCCAGCGUACGCGCGUGCUAGAACGAGAAGUGCAGAAGGGCGAGCACGAAAAGGUGCAGGGUGGCUACGGAAAGUACCAGGGUACAUGGAUCCCUAUCGAACGCGGUCUCGCCCUCGCCAAGCAGUAUGGCGUCGAGGACCUGCUCCGCCCCAUCAUCGACUAUGUCCCCACCUCCGUCUCACCGCCCCCGGCUCCCAAGCAUACCGUCGCACCCCCUUCGAAAGCCCGCGCCCCCAAAGAACGUCCCACCAAAUCCACUCCCCUCCGUACCGGACCCCAAAGUGCUGCUGCCCUCCAGGCGCAGGCCCAGCUGAGCCGUCAGGCCAAGCAUGAAUCCACCCCCGAUGCGGACGCGAGCUUCCGAUCCUACGAGACGAGGACGAGCCUGACGCCAGAGGACGACUCGUCGAGCGAUACGCCGAGUCCUGUGGCGACGGAAUUGAGCGAUGAUGAUAUGGAUGUGGACCAACCGAAGCCGGGGAUGCUGCCGAAUGUCACCAUGUCGUCCACCAUGGACGAUGUGGGCUCCAGGAAGCGGUCAGCGGCGAUGAUGAUGGAGGAUGAGGAUCACUAUGCGCGUCUGCGCGAGAUCCGAGGGAGCAGCGCGGUGCACACGCCCCAAGGAACACCGAGACAUAUCGGUAUGGGUAUGCCAGAGGAGCCUCUCGGCCCUGAACAGUAUACCGACAUCAUCCUCAACUACUUUGUAUCAGAGACUUCCCAAAUACCCCAGAUCCUCAUUAACCCGCCUACCGACUUUGACCCCAACGCGCCCAUCGACGAUGACGGGCACACUGCCCUCCAUUGGGCUUGUGCCAUGGGCCGUGUACGUGUAGUCAAGUUGCUCUUGACGGCAGGCGCGUCCAUCUUUGCCGGAAACAAUGCCGAGCAAACACCGCUCAUGCGUAGCGUCAUGUUUUCCAACAACUAUGACAUGCGCAAGUUUCCCGAGCUGUACGAGCUGUUACAUCGCUCAACACUCAACAUUGAUAAACAGAACCGCACCGUGUUCCACCACAUUGCCAAUCUUGCUUUGACCAAGGGCAAGACGCACGCCGCCAAGUAUUAUAUGGAGACCAUACUGGCCCGUCUUUCGGAUUACCCGCAAGAGCUGGCGGAUGUCAUCAACUUUCAGGAUGAAGAGGGUGAGACGGCGCUGACGAUUGCUGCCCGUGCCCGAAGCAGGCGGCUCGUCAAGGCGUUGCUCGAUCACGGGGCCAAUCCCAAAAUCAAGAACCGUGAUAUGCGUUCUGCCGAGGAUUACAUUCUCGAGGACGAACGGUUCCGAUCUUCUCCCGUUCCCGCCGCCAAUGGUGGUUCCGCCAAGCCCGGUGCCGCCAAUGGUGACGAAAAGCCCCUCUUUGCCCCCCAGCUCUACUUUUCCGAAGCGGCUCGGAUCUGUGGCGGGUCGGGUUUGGCAGACAUCUCUAGUCACAUGUCCUCUCUUUCGCGGUCGUUUGAUGCCGAGCUGCAGGGCAAGGAGAGAGAUAUACUCCAGGCCAAGGCUUUGCUCACCAACAUUCACACGGAAGUGAACGAGUCUACCCGUCUGAUCAGCACCAUCUCUACCCAAGCUGCGCCUCUGGACGAGAAGCGACGCGAACUCGAAUCACUCCAAUUCCAAGUCAAAGACAAGGUCAAGGCUGCCUUGAGGAAGGGUUACGUCGGAUGGCUGGAAGGCGAGUUGAUAAGAGAAAAGAGGUGGGAGGCCGGGGAACUGAAUAGUGGGAGUGAAGAGGAAGAGCGGAAGGAGGUGGAGAGUCUGAGGAACAUACCAGCAGGAGGGGAGGAAGUGGUGCAAGCUGAAGAAGAAAAGCUCAGGUGGGAGAUUGAGGAAAAGAGAAAGAGGAGGGCAACGCUGGUGGACAGGUUUGUAAAAGCCCAGACCGAGGCCGGCACGAGCGAGCAGAUUGCAAAGUACAAGCGGUUGAUAUCUAUAGGCCUUGGGGGGGUAUCAGCCAACGAGUUGGAUGGGCUGGUAAACCAGUUAUUAGACGGUCUUGAAGAUGAAGGUGACAACUAUGCGUCUGGAUCGCGACCACCCCAGGCGCCAUUGAAUUAA